GUUUCAUCCCUGUGAUGGGCGAGGAUGACAGCUUCCCUGUUGCUCCACAUACCAUCGCGAGCUUAAACUGGCAGCAUCCCUUAUUACAGAUAUUAAAGAUGAUCCUUGAUUGUGAGGAAAACUUACCCUGUAUCAAUAUUAAUCCAAAGCAUGGGCGAUUCCUGUGGUACACACGGUGCCAGCCAACCCCUUGACCAAAACCUCUAACAAUAGAGGGGAAGGGAGCGAGGGAGGGAGACCCAGCUGUUGGUCAUGAAUAUGCGACAGCGCACUGGGUGACGCUUUUAUCAGGCGCCGAUUGUCUGUGUCAAAUUAAAAGUCCUGUGAAUAGAUUACAUUUUGGUUUUUGAGGUGCUGGAUAGAGCUGUUCCUACUUUUUUUCCUGUUAGGGCUCCGGAUUUAAUUUUCUUACCCUACAAAAGAGCACAAACUAUACGGACCUUAAGUUGUUUACGUCGACGCACACGAGCCGUGCAGUCGCGAGGAGACGGUAUGUAUCUUUGUUUUAUUAGAGGACACUUAAAAUUAGUACACUUGCACUACAAAAUAUCAUUUCAUUAGGCUACUGAACGAGGUGUUUUCUUACCCUAUUAUAUGUGUCGACAUUUCUACUUGGCGUGCGUGCCGUAUAGGGAGUCACGGAGGGGGUGUGUUGUUGUUUUUGUCGCGCUACUCCUUUAUUUUUAUGGUUUGUGUCAUUAUAUUCAACAAAAUGUGAUAAUUAUGUAAAAACUAAGCAUUAGUCUCUGUCUGACAGAUGUUUGGCUUCUUGUGAAGCCGGAAUAGCUUCAAUACACCCAAUCUUGGAUCUGGAAUUUGGUCAUUAUGUGUCACAAUUUAAUAUUUUGAAAUAUAAUUCACUCCUACAAACGACACUGAAGUUAGUGUCUUAUUCACCGAUAACCAUCCGGCUGUUAAUGGGUUAUGAACAAGGCCCUGGUCCAAACCAGGGUUUUUAAAAACUUUGAGACUUUCUCCCUACGACCAAAUGUGACAAAUGUGACCUAAAUACUAGGGCUGGGACAAUAUGCUUUCCUCCCGAUUUGAUUCUUCUACGAUUUAUUUGGAUGCCGAUUCGAUUUAAAUUACGAUUCUACGAUAUUGUCGAUUUUCUCGAUGUUAAGUCUGCAUUUUUAACACCAGUGAAACAGUUGAAUAAUUGUGAUUGUCUACUGACUACUCCAGGAACCUUAUUACCCCCCCAAAAAAUACACAUUACAUGUAUGACAUUUUUCAAGAUUUAUAAUUAAAUUUUAAAAAAAGGAUUUUGAACACAAGUAUCGCGAUUUUUUUAAUCGAUUUUUAUGUGAACCGAUUUUUUUUCUCCUACCUUGACUAAAUACUUUGAUUCUGUUUCAAGACCGAGAAAAUGCUGAUCAUGUAAACACGUGAAGCUGAAAUGGUUUCAAUACACCCAAUCUUGGAUCUAAAAGUUGGUCAUUAUGUUUCACAAUAUAAUAUUUUGAAAUAUGAUUCACUCUUACAAAUGACACUGAAGUUAGUGUCUUAUUCACAGCUUCCCAUUCGGCUGUUGAUGGGUUAUGGACAAGGUCCUGGUCCAAAACUAUAAUAAUCAAAUCUAAAGGAUAGUAGGCUAAAGAAGAAGCCAAACCAAGCCUUGAGACUCUCUACUCACGUCCAGAUGUGACAAAUGUGACCUAAAUACAAGGGCUGGGACAUUUGCUUUUCUCCCCAUUCAAUUCUUCUACUAUUUAUUUGGAUGCUGAUUUGAUUUAAAUUGCAAUUCUACGAUAUUGUCGAUUUUCUCAAUGUUUAGUCUGCAUUUUUAACACAAGUGAAACAGUUGAAUGAUUUGGAUUGACUACUGACUACUCCAGGAACCAUAAUUCCCCCUAAAAUACACAUCACAUGUAAGUCUCUUUUGAAGAUUUAUUCUUAAAUUUGAAAAAAUUGAUUUUUGAACAUAAAAAUCAAUUGAAAAAAAUCACGACACUUAUGUGAAUUGAUUUUUUUCUCCCACCCCGACUAAAUACUUUGACUCUUGUUCAAGACCGAGAAAAUGAUGAUCAUGUAAACACGUUUUCUUUUUACCUAGUGUUAACAAGCAAUGAUUUUGAGCUCAUGCAAUGAUUUCCACUACAGAGUCGCGUAAAUUUUGUUCCCUCUUGAAUAAUCCAGUGCAUAUCCAAGAAUUGGGUAAUGGGCAUUUGAAUAAGGACCUGGUCCAGUUUUGUCCAGACGUUAAAAAGGGUCAGUGAAAUAUCUCUUAAUUUUACAACUACAAAUCUGAGACCGUUUUUAAGAGAUUUGUAAACCCACACACAACCGAGAUCAGAUCUGACAGGUCUGGGUGGAUCUUGUUUACAUAAUACCAGUAGCGACGAAUAAGACGCUAACUUCAGUGCCGUCUGUAAUGGCCAUUCAUGAAUGCGUUGCCCUGGAAGAAAACACAGCUCUCCAUGCUUCAUUCAUACUUUUUCUUACGAUGCUUACGCUACUGCCUCACAACUGACCGGGGAUCCCCGCUUCUGAAUUUCAUUCCGUUUUCUCCGAUCUGUGAUCAGCUGAUGCAGCCAGGUAAUCUGCAGACGGAUGGAUGAAUGUCUGAGGUUGGACGGCUGCUGCUUUCUAGUCUAGUGGGGGAUCCGCCGCUUGUCUCAAAUUACAUCGCUGCUCUGCAUCCCCACGCAUCCCUCCACCACGACCGGUCCCCUUCGGCCUGUGUGCGGAUGAAUGCCAAAGCCUGGGAUUUUACCAUCGCCCAAAGGACUCCAUGUCUUUCUUGGUAAGAGUGUCACGCUGCAUGGUUUUUUGCUGUAUGCCUACGUGCGUGCCGGUUGUGACCUCGGUGAUAGUCACGAAUCUGUGGGGCUAAUGCUGAUGCCUCCUGUGGGAUACUGCAAAUUCAAGCAAGCCUUAAAGAGCACUGAAGAUGUUUUAGUUCAAGACAGAAAUUCACUUUUGAUUAAAAAAAAAUGUAAUUCAAGUGCAUCAGCUCUCAAAUAUUCUAUUGUUUCUACUGAGAGUUACCUUCUUGCUUCGAUUUAUGGGCUAUUAUAGGUGGGGAAAUUCUAUGCAUAAGGUUUUAAAAUAGUUACCUGUUCAUCCCUCCAAUCUGAUUAUGUAUGGAGCUAUCAUCUUGCUCAGUUGGGACUUACCAGCUGCCUCUUACUGCCUAUUAUCAUCUCUCUCCACUCACCACUUCCGAUAAAAAGCUCUCUAAGUGCCCCCACUGCUCACAUCCCCUGAUGCUUGCUUCCCUGACCCUCGAGGCAGUGAACCACCUUCCACUCCCGCCCAGCUCCAUGUUUCCCUCUCCACUCCCCCCACCCUUUUCCCUAUGGGCAUGUCUCACCUGUGCUGUGCUCCUGCCCCCCCUUCCACCAGGACUGUUCCUGCAUCUCCCACGCUCAGGUCCAGCCCUUGGACAUAGAGGAGCGCUAUGAGGACACCAGCCACCAGUUCCUGGUCAGUAGCCAAGACACUGUCAGCAUGGAGACAGGCGUCACACUGAUGCUCUCCCAUCAUUUCAUCUCUGAUCAUUUGUCAUCUGUCUGAAGGUGCUUAACCCUUGGCUUAGAUGGUGCUGUUGAUAAAUCACUUAAAGGGGUACUCCAUCACUUUUAUACUCCAUAUAAGAUUAGAGCACUUACAAGAGACAAAGUGAAAUAAAACUGUCAAUAUCUGCGCAAAAGAAUUCAAAAUAUCAAAGCACAUACUCCUUGUUUGAAGCAGUAAAUACCACAAUUCCCAUAAUGCAAUUUAAAUGUCCUACCUGGGAUUUCUGGUGUACAAAAGAGGAUAAGGGCCACUAAAAUAUAUAUUUUUUUCUAACUGUUUCUCUCACAUGAUUCUGAAUUUAAUCUCAGAGUUUUGACUUUCAAGCAGAAUUCAGAUUUCUUUCAGUUCUGAGUUUUAAUGUCAGAAUUAUGAGAGGAACGUCAAAAUUCUGACCUAUGAUAGAGAAAAAUGUCUUAAAUGUCAGAAUUCUGAGUUCAAUCUCAGUAUUCUCAUUUAAUCUCAGAAAUAUGAGGGGAAAAUAAUCAGAAUUCUGACUUUAAUCUCAGAAUGUUCAUCAUAAUUUAAAAAAUUACUAAUUUAUACAAAAAAUGUAAGAAAUCUGACUUAAAUCUCAGAAUUCUGAAAAAAAAAAAGAAAAUCCGAUUUUAACAGAAUUCUGAUUUAAUUCUCAGUAUUCGCAUUUUAAUCUUAGAAAUAUGAGGGGAAAAAAACUGAAUUCUGACUUUCAUCUCAAAGUGUUCAACAUAAUAAAAGAAAUGACUGAUUUACACCAAAAAAGUCAGAAUUCUGUUUUAAAUCUCAGAAUUCUGAAGAAAAAAAAUCAGACUUUGACAGAAUUCUGACUUCAAUCUCAGUAUUCUCAUUUUAAUCUCAGAAAUAUGAGGGGGGGGGUCAGAAUUCUUACUUUAAUCUCAAAAUAUUUAGCAUAAUUAAAGAAAUUACUGAUUUAUACCAAAAAAGUAUAAACUAUUAUUUCUCAUAAACCUGACUUUAAUCUUAAAAAUACAGGCAUAAAUCUUUGAAUUCCGAUAUCUAAUGUCCAAUAUUGACAUAAACAUACAUAUUUACAGGCCAUGGUCUACAAGCCCUCAGGCGGUACUGCAUCAAAAACAAUCUUGCAGUGGAAAUCCCUGCUGAACCUUAUUUCCAAAAACUUGUGUCUGUGAGCAACACUUGCUCUAUUUAAAUAAAGUGCACAGCUGAGCUUCACGUGAAAUAACACAGCUGAUAGUACACUUCUAAUUAAAUAUAGAUAAACUUUAAUGUGCAGGAUCAACUGAGUGCCCCUUUAAUGCAAAACUGAAAUCCACAAAAGUCUUUUCUUUUUUUUGUUAAAUUGGUUUGUGCUUGUAACGGAGAUUAUGAAACUUUAAGAAGUUUUUAUGCAGUGCCUAAUAUGAAAUAGUUACUAACGACAAAUGUAAAGUCAUGUUCCUGUUGGUAAUGCAGACAAACUGCAGGGACAGUGUGGUUGAAACCAACAAACAUAUUCAGCUUGUGUGUUCAAAGCUGCAACAAUCUGACACUUUAAAAGAACCAGAAACUGCUCCGUCUCAGCAACCUGUCUGCAUUACUAUAACUGCAAGCAUCCCUUUCUCCCCCUUUGGCAUCUACUGUCCCCUCAUACAGUUCCUCACCACCAUGAACGUGGUUGAUGUCUUACCAAAGCAUUACUAAUGAGGCAGUAAGUGAACGACAAUCAACAAAUCAAACCUUACUUAGCAGAGUCCUCGUUAGCCCGUCACGGUUCGCACCCUUUAGCAUUCUGGAGUUACUUAUUCUGAAUGAAGUCUGACUCCAUAUUCAUUUGUUGUUCUACCUGUCUUUUAAGUCCGCUAGGAGGAUAAACAUGUUAUAAACAGAUGUGUGUGUGCAUCCCUGCAGAGCUGUGACGGUUCUGAAUUCACUCUGCAAGGGCCUGCAGGCGGCGAUGACAUCACAGGACUCUCACCUGUGCCGGCCCAUUACCAGCUGCUGUCUGAGCUGGGUGAGAGCCCGACAGCGUGCCCAUUAUAGCCACGGAGACAAUUUCAUAUAAUAUCCAAGCAUGGCUUUUCCAGAUAGCUGUGCAGAGAGAGAUUUGACGCCAUCAGUCCUUUCUAUUCCAGGGAGAGGCUUCAAUAACCUGAGCCAGGUGAACAUGGCACGCCACAUCCCUUCAGGCCAGUUGGUGGCCGUCAAACAAACCAACCUGGACGAGUGCACAGAAGAGGAGCUGCUGCAGCUCAUGGUGAGCUCUUUCAGUUUAUUUGAACUCAUUAAGUGUCGUAGAAGCUUCUGUAGACACACAGUAAACUAAUCUUUCCUUUAAUGUUUGAUUGUGAACCCUAGAAUGAGGUGCUGCUGUCCAGGCUGUUCCGCCACCCCAACCUGUUGACCUCUCGCCUGGUUUUCAGCUCCUGCUGCCAGCUCUGGGUCCUCACACCUCUCAUGGCAUAUGGUCAGCUGCUUCCACAUCUCAGCAACUCUAAAUCAACAGUAAUUAAAGGGAUAUUCCGGCGUAAAAGUAAUUUAGGGUCAAACACACCGCAACAUAGACACUCCCUCGAGAGAUGAAUGUUGCCGACCGCUUGCUUCUCUAGUUAUAUCAACCUAAGUUACGACUGCAGAUAGCAUUACACAGUGAUCUGAGGAGCCAUAAACAAACCUCAAGCAAAACGUCACUCUAUAGUCACAAAAAAUACUCUCUUCCAGCAGCCGCUUGUUUGUAGCGAGACCUCAGGCCAGUCCAUGGGUGUCACAGCUCAAGGAAGAACAUUUAUGAUCAUUUCUUUAUGGAAAUACAAUCAGGCUGAGACGCUAAGGCAGAAGAACUACCGUGUCUGCAGUGCAAAAUGAUUAAAAUGGUGAUUAUUACUUCAAGGAAAUGAUAAAGUAAUGAUCACAAAUGUUCUUCCUUGAGCUGCGUCACCCAGCUGCAGUAAUGGACAUGCCGGAGGUCGCCGUACAAACAAGUGGCUGCUGGAAGAGAGUAGGUGAGUUGUGUUUAGUCUCUUUGCUAAGAAAUUAGACAAAGUAAAGACGUUUGGUGGCUAGUACUAUGGCUACGACCCUAUAUGUACUGUUGAUGAAGUUAGGUGCUGUUCUGAGCAUUAUUAGUGGCUAUAGAGUGGCGUUUUGGUUGUGUGUGGUUCCAUAGACUGCUGUGUAUUGCUAUCGUGCGGUCGUUACCUAAGUUGGUAUAACUAGAGAAAUAAGCGGUCGGCAACAUUCAUCCCUUGAGGGAGUGUCUAACUCGGUGUGUUUGAUCCUACAUUAAUUCUACGCCGGAAUAUCACUUUAAUCUCAAAUUAUUUGAUUAUUUUAUAAUUUUUAUCUCAGCUCAGAAGUCCUUUUUCCCUUCCCCGUACCUGCAGGCUCUGCAGACACUUUACUAAGAACAUACUUCCCAGAUGGAAUGAGUGAGUCCCUGAUAGCGUACCUGCUCUACGGUGUGCUAAAAGCCUUGGAGUACCUUCACCAGAUGGGCUACGUGCAUCGGUCAGCCACCAUUCUGACAUAAUAUGAAAUACAACUCAAUAACCAACCAAAUUCUGCUGUUUAUUAACAUUUAACCCAGCACCAUAACUUGUCUGUCUGUCUGUCUGUCCAUGCUCUUCCCCCAUCAGAGGGGUGAAAGCCAGUCACAUCCUGUUGUCGGGAGAGGGGCGUGUCUACCUCUCGGGGCUGCACAGUGUUUAUAGCAUGAUGCGAGAGGGGAAAAGGAUGAGGGCCGUGUUCGAUAUGCCCCACCACAGCCCCGCACUGCUGCCCUGGCUGAGCCCCGAGCUGCUGCGACAGGUCAGGAUUCACUAGAAAAAGAAAAGACUUCAGCUCUCUGAAAUGUAUCAUUCCAAUGACCCCUGUCUCGUUCUCCUCAUGCUGUUUCUCUCAGUAGGACUUGCAUGGAUAUGGGGUGAAGUCUGAUAUCUACAGUUUAGGUAUCGUGGCCUGUGAACUGGUCAGUGGCAGGGUGCCUUUCCAGGACAUGCCCCCAACCCAAGUAAUGAAAACUUUUGAUUCAUAAUGCUCAAGAAGAUCAAAUGCAUAUGUUUAGUAAGGCUUCAUUCAUAUUUUGGAUCUCCCCCAAGAUGCUGCUCCAGAAGCUUCGCGGCUCCCACUGUUGCCUCCUCGAUGUAGCUCCCUUCCCCUUGGGUGAACUCGGGGGUCUGAAGGUGUCCCGGUCUGGGGUAGACUCCGGCAUCGGGGAGAGUGUGGCUACAGGAAGCCUGACCCACAGCGCCACCGCUCCGCCCACUGACCGACCUCAGAGCCCUGGACCCAAAAACCACUCCGCAACCUUGCACAACCUGGUCCAGCUGUGUCUGCAGCAGCAGCCUGAGCGCAGGUGCGACCUUAAAAACACUCCUAUUUAUUUGAUAACUUGUCUGAAAUGAUCUUGAUGCACUUUUUUUUAAUUCCCUAGACCGUCAGCAUCUUCUCUCCUGACCCACGCCUUCUUCAAACAGGUGGGUUUCUAGAUGUAAUUCCACUUCUCUUAUUUCAGUUUUUUACAAGUGCAACACAUCACAAACUGCGCUUUAUUAUUCUGUGACAGGUGAAGAGGCACACCAGAGACUCCUUCCUCAGCCUCAUGUACCCAGCAGUGCCCCUCACCAGCCCAGAGGACCCUCCAGUCUCCUGCCCCCCAACCCCAUCCUGCCACCCUCUAACAUCCACCUCCGCAGACCCCUCUGAGGGGGUAUGGGACUUCUCCUAACCCCCCAAAAUCUCUGUCCACAAACCUCCAAAUACUGACUAGCAAAGCCAAACACGAGACAAUCAAAGCAGAGCAAUGAGGCCAAAUCCUACUGUGCUUUUAUUUUGUAUUAUCACUCUCUGAGCCUUUUUUUAAGUAGUUUUGUAGUUUUUUUGUAUGUUUAUCUGAUCAGUAUGAGGGGGGUCAUUUAUGGAUUAGUGACACAACUGUGAAGAAGCUGGAUCAAAACGCUGCUCUGAAUAUAUGUGUGAAGGAUUCGCCAUAAUAUCAAUGGACUGAAAAAAGACUAAUCAGCUGACUCAUAAUCAAGCACUUCCAAAAAAGGCAACCCAGAGGUGUGGCUGAAGGCACUUUUAGUGUUUCUUUUUAUUGUGUCUAAGUAUGCAGUCUUGUUCUGGUGCCUAUUGUGCCGGUUCUUGUCUUUUAAAAGCGUUUUAAGGAAAGAGGACGUUGUUGACUGCAUCUAAAAAAAUCUUUGAAAGAAGGUAAGGUCCUAAUGAAGAGAUGAAGUGAGGGUGGAUUUUUCUUUUUUAAGUGUUAUUUUGUAUUCAUACUGUGAAAAGUGAAUACUUAGGUACAUGUAACGAUAUUUACAACACUUAUGUGCAUAUAUAUUCAUCUCUGUUGGAGUGUUGUUGCCUCCAAAUUUGAUCUCCUAUCAUGAAUACUUAUCCAAAUUGUAGAAAUCCCAUUUUGUUGGCAAAAAAUGGAGCUCUGUAGCAAAUUAGCUAUUUAGUGAAAAUAGCGCAGAAGUCGACAACCGGUGUCUCUCAAUCAUGUUUGUGCGUGGUUUUCUUUUUGCAUGGUACAGUUCAAACCUGUAUUUGUGGAGCAGCAGUGAUGAACUUGCUUUACAAACAGUCAUUUCUGGACGUGAUUCUAAGUCCAUGCGGUGAUUUAUACUACAGAGUCAUGCCUCUUUUAAAAUUGAAAUUGUAGGGUUAAAAUCCCUAAUUCUAAAACUGUUAAGCUCGAUUGAAAAACUCCUUACAGGAGCUUUAAGUGCAAUCUCCCCAUGCUUUAGACAAUUGUUACACUAUAUUAAAAAUUACUCUUACUUUUUCUUUGUCUGACCAGUCCAACAUACAAUGUAUUUCUGUAUGACUGUAUGUCUGAGCAUAUAUGCACAAAGUGUCUGUGUAUAGGCCUUUUAAAACAUGAAAUCACAUGUCUGCCUAUAAAAAUAUGACAACGUACAAACUUGACUCAUCAAAACAAGCACAUAAGCAAUAGAGUUGAGCUAGUAUUCAUGUUAGUAGUUGGAAAUUUUAAGUAGAUUAAAAUUCCUCCCAGUAUAAUUAUCAGUUAUACAACAACAAACAACAAAGAAAAAAACAUUUUGUACUGUGCUGUGUGACCACUUAUCCAACAAUGCCUUUCUGUUUGAAUGAAACCUGCAUUCUGAAUAUGGUGAUCUUUCUGUAACUGUGAUUACGUGUACUGUGUAUGAGAACUGUGAUCUGCAGUUAAUGGCAAACAUGGUAGCUGUAUGAGCCUUAUAUUAACACAUAUUAUACAUGAAAUAUAUGUACAUACAAAAGUUGAUUUCUAAUCUUUGUGCUGGCCUUGAAUAAUUUCCUUAUGGGGUUUGUGUUGAUUGAAAGUCUUACGUGUAUGUCCAUUUCAACAGGAUCUUCCAUCCUGGAAUACCUUCAACCUGCACAGUGUGAUCUUCAUCUUCAUUUUCAUCAGUUUGGGAGUUUUGAAGGAUUAAAGAAACUGUAAGAUUAGAAAAAGCAGCGCGAGACUGGAAAAAAUAAUACCAUAAGAGUUUUUUUUAAUUUUAUUGUUUUCAAAAGAUAUGAAGUUAACUCAGUAUAUCUGCUUUGUGAAAAAGGUUAAAGUGGUGAAGUUGUUGAGCUGGGUGCAGACACAAUGACUCCUGCAACUGUAUUAAUUUUGUACCUGUUACCUGUAAUUAUAGGUGAAUAAACUGGUAUGUAAUUUAGCACAUUUAUUACUUUUUUAUAUCAAAUUUCGUGUGUCACUUUCUUGCAAUUUUUAAAAAUGCCCAUUUAUUUUAGUGAACCAGAAAAGGGCAUCACAACAAAAUGCAUAGAAAAAUAAUGACAGUUUAUCCUUUAACAUGAUGAAUGAAAGAAAAAUCCUGUAUUUUUACACUAUUAUUUCCUUAUUUUCAAUUUAGAUUUUUUUUUUAUGACACGUCUUAACGCUUAUUCGUAUGGUUUUGUUAAUCACUCAUUAACUAACCUUUUAAAUUAAUAAUGUUAUUUCUCUGUGAGUCCACUAGGUGGGAUCCAAGCAUUAAAAAAGUACUCAUCGAGCUCUGCAACUAAACCCAGCCCUAGCAACCACGUAGCUCCACAUCGACAACGUAAAGUGAACAAGAGUGUCGCAAACAUAACGAUAAUCGUAAAAAACAUUAUAAGCCACAUAUUAUGCUAAUUGUUUUCUUGCAAUGUGUUGUACAAUAACUGCAUAAAUUAAACUGGAAAUACAACUAA